AUGCCCGGCGAAAACCCUCCGCCUGCUCAAGGCGCGAAGUCCAAAAAGAAUAAGAAGAAGAGCGCAAAGGCCGAAGAGAAUUCACAACCUUCUGAAUCGGAACCGCAUGGCGAUUCUAGCAACCGAGAUGAUGUAGACGACGAAGCCGAUAACACAGAUGCCCCAGAGGCAUCUCCCUCCGCCGAUCAUGUUAAAACCAAUGAUGCUGCAGCUGAUUUUGGCGCAGCCAGCCACCCGGAUGAUAAAAACGAUAACUCUGCACAACCAUCUCAAGACACGUAUGCCUCUGUCCCCACAGCCGAGCCCAAAGAUCGUUUCGAUGCAUUGGUUCGAGACCGCGACUCCUUACGAGCUGAAGUCACGGAUAUGCGCAAGUCUCUCGAAGAAGUCCAGUCGAAGCACAAGACCGACAUGGACGCGCUACAGCAGAAGCUGGAUGAUUCGGAGACAAAGAAGGAGCAGGCAGAAACACAAUAUAAGAAGCUGUUGGAGCGGGUCAACACAAUCAAGUCUCAAUUGGGAGCCCGCUUGAAAGAGGAUGAGGAGGAAUUGACCCAAGCACGGAGUCAAAUUGAAGAUCUAGAGGAUGAAAAUGCUACCUUGAAGUCGCAACUUGAAUCCAAGUCUACAGAGUUUGCGGCGGUAUUGAACGAAUCCGAGCAAAAGUCGAAGGAGAUCUCGACACUUCGAGACCGGACGAAUCUGUCGCAGCAGAACUGGCUGAAGGAGAAAGAUGAGCUUCUAGAACAAGUGGCCUACCUCCAAUCUGAGUUCGAACAGGCCAAGGAGGCUAUGCAUAAUUGGGAGGUGCUAGCUAUGGAAGAGCGCUCCAUCCGGGAGAAUUUGGACGAUCGGGACAGCCAGCAGUCAACCGUUGAUGGGCUACAACGAGCAUUGCAGGAGAUUCAAAUUGCGCGGAAGCAAGAGCUUCGCGAACUUGUGGAAAGCUCCAAUGCCCAAUUGGAAGAAUUGAGACGGUCACUGCAGCACGCACAGCAGACCGCAGCCGAUGCCGAGAAGAAUCUCGCCAUUGCACAGGAAGAGAUUGAACGGGUGCGGCCAUUCGAGAAGGAGGUCAAGGAGAAGAACCUUCUCAUUGGCAAGUUACGGCACGAGGCCGUAACGCUGAAUGAUCAUUUAACCAAGGCCUUGAGAUUUCUCAAGAAGGGGAAGCCCGAGGACAAUGUAGACCGACACAUCGUCACCAACCACUUUCUGCAUUUCUUGGCGCUGGAUCGAUCUGAUCCAAAGAAGUUCCAGAUUCUACAGCUUAUUGCAGCUCUUCUAGGCUGGGACGACGAACAACGGGAACAGGCAGGACUUGCGCGCCCUGGCACCUCCAGCAUACCAGGCAAAUUGAGGGCCCCUGGAACGCCACUGCGCACCCCAAGCACCCCCAAUCUUGCCACCGAGUUCAUGGAUAACGGAGCUUCCAGUAAGGAAACACUAGCAGAGCUGUGGUCCAACUUCUUGGAACAAGAGGCAGAAGUGGGCCAGAUGGACACGAUGAGACGAGGAAGCCACUCAGGGCCUAGUGCUGUUCAAAAGUUUCGACCAGUGGUCAUCUCUGGGCCUAGCGGUACGGGGAAGAGUACCCUGAUGAAGCGCUUAUUUGCAGAAUACCCCGGAAAAUUCUCUUUCUCCGUCUCACACACUACCAGAUCGCCCCGCGCCGGUGAAGAAGAUGGACGAGAAUACAAUUUCACGACCAAGGAGAAGUUCCUUGAGCUCGUUGCCCAGAACGGCUUCAUCGAGCACGCCCAAUUCGGCGGAAACUACUACGGCACUUCGGUAGAUGCAGUCAAGAAAGUGUCCGAGAGCCAGAAGAUCCCAGUUCUCGACAUCGAGAUGGAGGGUGUCAAGCAGGUGAAGAAGACGGAUCUGAAUGCGCGCUUCCUCUUCCUCGCGCCUCCAUCUAUCGAGGAGUUGGAGAGGCGGCUGCGCGGCCGGGGAACCGAGACGGAGGAUUCCCUGCGGAAGCGACUAGAUCAGGCGACAAAUGAGCUGGAGUUCGCGAAGCAGCCUGGUGCUCAUGACAAGAUUGUGGUCAACGAUAAUUUGGACCAGGCGUAUGCGGAACUGAAGGACUGGGUUGUCGACGGAGGCAAGUUUGGCGCUCAAUAG